AUGGCAGAGCCCACCAACGGAUUGAAUGCGCCAUCAACUAACGAUGUGGAGAUGAAGGAGGAGAUGGCAGAGCCUUCUGUCCAUAGCGUCCCUUCAGCACCCGACCAAGUAGCAGGAGCUGCUCAAGAUCACCAGGAGGAAGUUGCGCCCAAAGACGAGACAUCGGCACUGCCCAUCAACCAGCCAUUUACCGCACAAGCACCGCAACAAGAGUCGCUACCAACGAGCAUGGAAGGCAUCCUCAAUGGUGACUCUACCAGUGCAUCAACAAGUCAAACACUCCCUCCCCCAGUCGCACAAGCCCCUUCAGCAUCACCUCUACCUGCUACGGCCUCUGCGCCGACAGCACCACCCACAGCAUCCAUGCCAACUUCAGCGCCAACUCCACCACCUGCGCCGCCUACAAGACCUUCUUCGAUUCCUCCUCAAGUCUCGCUACCACCAGAGAAGCCUCAUCCGCAUGGUUCGCCUACCAGAGUCUAUCUCAAUCAGAUGGUCACACCGCAUUUGUUGGAAGGCAUGAAGUACUUGGCUGCCUAUGAGCCCGACAAGCCAUUGAAGUGGCUGAGCGAGUUCCUGGCAAAGCGCAGUGCCGAAACCGAGGGCGAGGCAUGA